GGGGAUCGUCUGCCAUCUGAUAAGUGCGCAAAUAUGUGUAUUGGCAGAGAACCUACGCUUCGAUCGAACCUCUAUAAUAGAUGUUUUGCUUGCUUUUGGAAAAGCUUUGGCAAACAUUUAAAAGCAGCCUGUUUGUGAUACCAUACUAGUAGCUUUUUGCGUUUCAAGCUGCCACUAUGUCAACUGAGUUUCUUCUGUUGAUCGCCACUUUGGCGAUCGUUUUCUAUAUUUGGCAGAGGCGAGCCUUCAGCUUCUGGCAGCGCCAUGGUGUCAAGUUCAUCCAACCUCUGCCCGUCCUGGGCUGCACCCGAGAGUUCCUAACGGCCCGAGUUCCAUUUUUCGAGCAACUCAAGAAGUUCCACGAGGCCCCCGGCUUCGAAAAGGAGCCCUUUGUGGGCGUCUACUUGGCCUACAAGCCGGCCCUGGUCGUCCGCGAUCUAGACCUGAUCAAGACGGUGAUGAUCAAGAAGUUCCAGUACUUCCACAACCGCGUUCUUCAGACGGAUCCGCACGAUGCCCUCGGCUUCAAUAAUCUCUUCUUCGCCCGCAGCCCGGAGUGGAAGGAGCUGCGCAACAAGAUCUCUCCCGUAUUCACCUCUGGCAAGAUUAAGCAGAUGUAUCCUCUAAUGGUCAAGAUCGGCAAGGACCUGGAGAACAGUGCUGACAGAUUGGCCGGAGGGUCGGUUCCAAUAAAGAAUCUGUGCGCCCGCUUCACCACCGACCUGAUCGCCACCAUUGCCUUCGGGGUGGAGGCCAACGCGUUGAAGAAUGUCAAGAGCGAAUUCUUCCACCACAACCAGGCCAUCUUUGCUGUGACCUGGAGCAGGGCGAUCGACUUUACCAUUAUCUUCAUGCUGCCGGCUUUGGUGUCCAUUGCCCGCGUGAAGCUCUUCUCAAAGGAGACCACCAAGUUCAUCCGGAACACCAUCAACUACGUCCUGGCCGAACGCGAACGGACGGGCGUUAAGAGAAACGACCUUGUGGACAUUCUGCUGGCUCUGAAGAGGGAAGCGGAAACCAACCCUGACCAGAAGAACAAGUACAAGGACCUGGACUACCUGGUCGCCCAAGCCGCCAUCUUUCAAACGGCAGGGUUCGAGACGAGCUCCUCAACCAUGACUCUGACGCUGUACGAGCUGGUCAAGAACGAGUCCAUCCAGGACCGCCUGCGCCAGGAGAUUACCGACUACUUCGGAGACGAAGACCACAUCAGCUACGAGCGCAUCCAGGAGAUGCCCUACCUUUCCCAGGUUGUUAAUGAGACCUUGCGAAAGUACCCUAUCGUCGGCUACGCUGAGCGGCAGUGCGCCCAGCCUGAGGAGGGCGAGCGGUUCACCCUGGAGCCGCACCACUCCAUGGAGCUGCCGCACGGCAUGCCCGUAUACGUGUCCGCCUUGGCCAUCCACCACGACCCGCAGUACUGGCCGGAGCCGGAAAAGUUCGACCCGGAGCGCUUCGACCCCGCCAAUCGCAGCAACCUGAACAUGGACGCCUACAUGCCCUUCGGAGUGGGUCCGCGCAACUGCAUCGGAAUGCGUCUGGGCCUCCUGCAGUCGAAACUGGGAUUGGUGCACCUGUUGCGCAACCACCGGGUCCAUAUGAGCGACCAGACCCCCAAGACGAUCCAGUGGGCUGCCACUAGUCCGGUCAUCGCCUCGAAGCACGAAAUCGCCUUGCGGCUAGAAAAGGUUUCCAGUUAGAGUAAAGCCGGAAAGGCUUAAUCCAAGAUUAACAUAGAUGCUGAUGCUGUGUAAAUAUUGUUGAUAUUCAAUAAAGUGUUGCAAA